CCUUGUCAUUAAAGACAAUCAAGUUUUAGGAAAAAUAUUAUAUGAUUUUUUAAUAAAGUUAUUAUUGCAACAAAAUAUAAUGGAGACGUGUGUUAGAGGAUUUUCCUUUAGGCCGGAAACUAAAGUCGACGAUCUUAAAUAUGUUGCAAGUGAAGCCUUGGAGCGAACAUGGAAAACCACUCGGAGGGAACGGCUUAAGCAGCAAGAGCAAAGGAUAUGGGAAGAGUUUGUGAAUGAACAGGAUAUUGUCCACAAUAUUUGUAAAGAUGACCCAUACCAGUUCUUGAACCAGCUGCCACAAGAAUGUAUCAAGGAACUUCUUGACGUAGAAUUGCAGAAGAUGAAAGAUGAGAAAGAUGAAGAUUUACAUAUUGAAGAGCAGCCGGCAAACAGCAUGGCCGUGGAGCUGGGCACUCAGCACACGGUGGUGUUCUCCGAGGCGGCGGACAAAGAGGAUAGCAACAUGUUCAACAUAUUUGACGACGACAAGGACGAGGUUUUCGGGCCCGACGAAGAGCGCUGCGAUAACGACUCUGUCAUCAGUCCACCGUGCACCGUGCGCGAGAGACACGGCCACGGACAGCAGUCAGAGCAGUGGGCUGCGGUGGACAGCCCGGACAAGACUUCCAGAAAGUCUUCAGGCGAGGAUAUGACGAGCAUGAUAGAAGGCAGCGUCUAUUGCGCCAAAGUGAGGGACAUACGGAUCAAGGUCAAUGAGGAACUUCUCAACAUCAUUGAUUUUCUGGAGAAGCAGGACAUAAUGAACAUGGACCCGUCGGAUAUACCAAAGCUGAUGAAACGCUCCGUCGAGUUCUGCGCCAGGUUCAACCGCGUUCACAUGUACCAGCUGCAAAGACAGCUGGCGGACAUCGAGCGCUGCGCUGGGCGUGCGUUGCCGUUCGCGCGACGCACGCACCACCAGGCGCAACUCGUGCGCGCCGGCUCGCUGCACCACAACCUGCUGCACGCCUUGCAGGUGUUCCACAAAUCGCUCCCGCAAACAGUCUGCAUGAAGGAGAGCGGCGAUAUGUUGCGCUCGCUCGUGCACGUGGUCGGUGAGGCGACGCGCGUGUGCAGUGACGCGCGGCCGAACACACUCCCCGCGGCCGUCGAUAUGUUUGAUGAUAGCAUUCAAUCAACGUGUGAAAAGCUAGAAGAGACGGUUAACGAAUACUCCAUAAAGAUGAUGGAUUAUAUGAACAGCACUGAAAAUACGAGCGCACCCUGUUCGAGGAGAUCCAGUAAACCAAAAGCACGGAAACUAUCGAUUGGCACUUGGUCCAAAUCUGGAAGCAAAUCUAUGGUGCGGUCGCCAGCGGCGCUGUCGAUGUACUCGCUGGGCGGCGCCAGCGGCUCCAAGGACAAGCAGUCCAGCAGCGGAACAUCAAAAAUGCGUACAAGCAUCAGCAGCCGAAGCAACAAAGAAGUGCCCAACAAGGAGGUAGCGUUGAAAAGCCCGAAAAAAACGCCCAGGAGUCGCCGGCCGCUGAUGCGUGCCCCGCCGCGCACGCGCCCGCGCCGCGUGCUCCGCGAGCAAGACGUGCGCACGCUCGUGGAGACCGUCGCGCCGUGCACCUCCAGCCACAUAAGUCGAGAGGCGAGCCCUCAACGUCGAAGCAAGGAAGCAACGCCGAGGACUCCAAAGCCCAAAGAACCUUCCAGAACACCCGUCAACACCACUCCGCGGAACAGACCUGCCAACAUAAUAGUGAGAACCAAAAUGGCCGCCACUAGCCCCGUCAAACCUACACCUAAUAAUACCAGGGCGAAGGAGAGAAUCGAUACUCCGAGGACUUUAAACGAAAUUGCCAGCGGUAAAGUUCGUGUCCCAAUAAACAAGAACGAAGUGGAUGAUGCGAAGAUAAAGAAAGAAGAAACAAGAAUAACAAUGAAAGAACGAGACAAAAGCUCGGCCAGGAGUCCACGGAAAACCGAAGCGGAAUUGAAGCCGGCGAAUGAAGAGGCGAAGAGAACCGAAAGGGAGAUGAGAAGGGGUGCGGAUCUGGACCCGGCCAGCUGUGAAGUCACCAGGUUGGUCCGACAGGUAUGCGGCGGCGAUAACAUAUAUGGGGUUAGAAGCGAGCGUUCGACAGGAGCCAAGAACGCGCAGCUUCUAUGCGUUAACGGAGGCAGCCCGAGGCAACCGAGCACUCCUCGUCAACCUAUCACGCCUCGGCAACCUAGCACACCACAGUUGCUACGGAUAUUAGAAGAAACAAUCCAGAAGAAGACACCAAGGUCCCUCUUCCCAAAGCAACCGGUAGCAGUGAAGGACGCUGAGAAAUUCCGCAUGAGCUUCAACCUUCCGGAGCGAGUGUCGGACGCUCUGUUCCAAUACCGCACCAAGUUCGUGCAACACAUGCUCACCAGCUCCAUGUACGCGAACAGUUCUGUGGGAAAGCCCUGGGAGAAGAUUGGCAGUGUGUCCGAGAAGAUAAUCGAUGAACUCCUACUCAAAUGCGCCAACCAAAUGGAGCUGCAGAAACUUGUGGAUCAAAUGUAUAGGGAUGAGACUUGUUAAUUUUAAUAGUCAAUUUUAACUUCAUGUGGACUUUUCAAUAAAAUUCUCAGCUGUU